AUGCAUCCAUGGAUUCAAACCCUGAUCGAUAUAUGCAGGGGGAAGUACAAGGGAGAUAUCAAGGCUUUCAACCAAGAUCCUCUCGGAAAAUCGAUCAAUCUCGAAAAGCAUUGCUUCGGAGAAUUUUCCAUGGCCAAUGUUCAAGCCAAUGACAUCAUGGAAGAUCAAAGCCAGGUUGAAGUUGCCUCCAACAACGCUCUCUUUCUUGGCGUUUACGAUGGCCACGGUGGCAACCGCGCUUCUUACUUCAUCUCUCGACAUCUCUUCAAGAACCUCAUAAGGAUUGCUCAGGAGAAUGGAAAUACCAUAACCGAAGAUACUCUAAGAACCGCUGUUUCUGAUACUGAAAAAGAAUUUAUGCAUUAUGUCAGCACGGAUUUUGUCGCAAUACCUGAUCUAGGAAAAGCUGGUGCAUGCUGUCUUGCUGGAGUUAUAUGGAAAAAGACUCUAUACAUCGCGAAUCUUGGAGAUUCGCGCGCUAUAAUUGCUUCUAUGGUUAAUGGAAAACCUGUUGUUCAACAGUUGACAAGAGAUCAUAACUGUGGAGAUGUAGUUAUCAGAGAAGAACUCCAGGAAAUGCAUCCAAAUGAUCCCGAGAUUGUGAUGCAUAGGAAUGGAGCGUGGCGCGUUAAAGGCAUCAUCAUGGUUAGUAGGACUAUUGGUGAUGCAUAUUUGAAGAGGCCUGAUUUUACGUUUACAGCUUCGUUUCCCAAAGAUUAUCCGAAUGUGCCUAAAAUUCCUGAUAGAUGUGUGCUAUCAGCAGAACCUGAGAUGCAUUCUAGAGCUUUAAGAGAUAAUGAUAAGUUUCUUAUAUUUGCUUCUGAUGGACUUUGGGAGCUCAUGUCAAAUGAACAAGCUGCUCAGAUUGUUGCAAGCAAUCCAAGAAAUGGAAUUGCGAAAAGGCUUUUAAGUGUUGCGCUAACAGAAGCUGCUAGUAGAAGGAGAGUUAGCUAUAAGAGCAUUCAGGCUGCUAAUCCGGGACGUGAUAUUUUGAGCAGGAGGUCAUUUCAUGACGAUAUAAGCGUGAUUGUUGUGUUCUUAGAGAAAACGUCGUUUCUGAGGAAACGCGCGCCUAAUAGGUCCUACAGAGGCUCUAGUCCGACGUCUCAACCAUCUGAUUUCGCACGGUCUGGAUUAACCUCUUUGAUUCGGAGUCCAUUGAGUCCUAGGCGUCUGAGGAAUAGUUUCAGAAAACGGUCAAAAUCAGCUGACAGCCCUCGGACUCCUAAGAGUCCUCUAGGUGAAAGUUCUCAGGCUGAGGACACUGAAAGGCUUAUUGAUCAGAGGCGUCCUCGGACAGCUCGAAGCCGUUUGGAGUCUCUGAAACAGUUUCUCACACUGAGUAUCUUUACACGAAACCAAACAUAA